AUGGACAACAGACCUGCUUCGGAGUACGCGCAGUCAGGUUCGCACUUUCCAUAUCCACUGUCUGCUGCGACUCAUCAUUCUGAACCCCCCGCUGCAGACCAGGCUUCUGCUGCUGCCACUGCUCAAUACACUCCCCAACCGGAGGUUCGCCCGACUCCCCAGUACACGCCUCAACCCGAGGUCCGCCCCGCCGCCAACAUCUCUUCAUCCAACACACCUCAGUCGGACUACGGUCUGAACCAACCCGCCGCCGCGCGCUCACCUGCCUAUCCCGAAUACCUCGCCCGCCCACCUCAGUACCAUCACGCCCCCAACACCCAGGCCGGUGGUGCGGCAGGUAUGGCUCAAGCAACAAGUCCGUCCAUGACCACCCUCAAUAAUGGGCAACACCAUGACCCACGCAAUCAUCACACGAACGUGAAGUCUGACGCAGACGUUCCUAUAGAUCCCUCAAUCGCGGCCUCCAGCCCCACCUAUCCUCCUCCUUACUCGCCUUAUCAGCCGCAGGGCCAUGAAAUGGCUCAAUACCAGGGUCACCCCCCUCCUCCCCCUCCUCAGAUGUAUACGCGUCCGGAAUGGUCGCAUGGUUAUGGACACAAUCAACACGGUCUUCCUGGGCCAUAUAACGCUCCUGCCACAACGGUUGGUCCCGCCUCCCCUGCUGCGACCGCAGGGCCGCGCCCUGGCCAGGUAUACUCAUUCGUUCCCAUUCCCGGCGCGCAACAACACAAGCGCCCUCGCCGGCGAUAUGAGGAGAUUGAGCGUAUGUACAAGUGCGGUUGGAACGGAUGUGAGAAGGCCUACGGUACUCUCAAUCACUUGAAUGCGCAUGUGACGAUGCAAUCGCAUGGUGCGAAGCGUACACCUGAGGAAUUCAAGGAAAUUCGCAAGGAAUGGAAAGCUCGGAAGAAGGAGGAAGAAGCCCAGCGCAAGGCCGCUGAGGAGCGCGAGCGUGCCGCCGCCCAAGCUGUUCAGUCCAACCCAGUGGAUGCGCCCAACCCUGCGGAUCCCGCCCAAGGUGGCCAACCGCCAGCGUACCCCGGCGGUGUUCGGCCUCAACUCCCUCCGAUCGGAUACCAACCUGCUGAUGGCCAGGUGCCCGGGCAGUACGGAGCGGCUGCUGGUGGCAUGGUUUACCAGGGUAAUGGGCAGAUGGCCUACCCUCCCAAUUACCCUCACUCCCCCUAUGGGCAAGCGGGCCAAGUGUACCAGCCACGUAAAAACCCAAUCGACCAGCUACCCGCAAUAGAUGUUCAACUUCCCUUACUUGACUCAGUACUACCCGCUGCCGUCUCCGCGAAGAACAAGGAGCUCCAGGAGCUGCUGCUCAAGGUCGCGGAGGUCGGUACGUCGCCCCGGCUCCGGAUGCAGGAGGCUUCGCUGCUGGGCGACAGACAUACGAAGAAACAGGUCGAGAUGGAGCUGAAGUGGCUGCCGGACCCGAAGCGGCUGGCCGAGCGGGUAGGUCGCCUGCUGCAGGCGCGGGAGAUCAUCAUGGCGGCGGCGCUGGUGCGCGCGGCGCAGAAGGAAGGGCGGGAGUGCAUGGUCGCCUGGAAUUAUAUCUUUGAGUAUUGCAUGAAACAGGGUGCGACCAUGGCGGCGUACAAGUUCUAUACGGAUAUGAAAAAACGUGGACGCAGACCGAACUCCCACACCUAUACGAUCAUGAUGAAUGGGUUCAGUGUCUAUAAUCCGCGGGAGAAAGCGAAGAAUGUGGACGCCGCGAUGCGUGUAUAUCGGUCUAUCGAGGAGAACCCGGACGUGGAGCGGGAUAUCAUUCACAGCAAUGCUAUGCUUAAGGUCUGCUGGCUCCAGGAGGACAUGGAUACCUUGUGGCGGGUUGCAGGAGAUCUCCCCGAGGAAGGGCCCGGGUCGCCCAACGCUCACACCUACACGAUCAUUCUGCGCGCUAUUCAGAGUCGCCUGGAGCGUAGCACGCAGGAUAUUCCCUCCAAACACGUUCGCCCACACUGCGAGAAGAGAAAGGCGGCCAUCACUGAGGGUAAGCGGGUGUGGGCUGAUGUCGUUUACCGCUGGAAGAAAGGUCAGCUUCAGCUCGAUAACCACCUGGUCCACUCGAUGGCCGAGCUGCUCUUGAAUGCGUUCAGCGACUACAAUUGCUGGGAGGUGCUGGCUUUGUACAACCAGACGGCGGGUCUGCCCAUUUUCGCCAACAAGCCCUCGCCAGAUAAGGAAUACGAAGACAAGUGGGCAAGCAAACGGCACGGCAAGCGUCGUGACGGGCCGAAUGCCGACUAUUUGCCCUUUGUGAACUAUAACAACGAGCCGAUCGAAACCGAGGUUACCAAGGAAUCGGAGUCGGAACUCGUGGAGGAGCAGGAGCCGGAGCAGGAGCAGGAGCAGGAGAAUUUCGAUCACUUGUUCGAUCCUGUACACGAUGGCACUGGCUCUUCAGCUCCAGCCCUGAUUACCCUCGGCAACCGAGAGAUUGACGUGCUGCUGGAGGCCUGCUUGACCAUGGUGCAAGGAAUGCGACCUGGCAAACAGUAUUGGGAGUAUCUCACGCGCGAGGGCCACGCGGAUCUGAUCAAGCCCGAUGCGGCUGCGAUUCACCAAUACCUGCGUCUUCUCCGCUACAGCCGAUCGACCCGGGAAGCCAUCGCAGUAAUCCGGGACCAAAUGGUGCCCGCUGGGAUCACCGACCCUAAAACAUUCCACAUUGCAAUGAGUGUCUGCCGGCGCGACACCCGCAACGGAAAUGUCUUGCAACUCGCCGACGAGAUGCUCGAUCUCAUGGGGCGUGCGCUCGUCCUUCCGGAGCCGCGUGCUCUGGUGGGCUACCUCGAUCUCGUCCAGUCCCUCAAGGAGAAUCCUCAGCUGCUGCUGUCCUUGCUCGGCUUGGAGGGCGCCUGGAAGGCUCGAGCGAACAACUUCCAGGACAAGGGCCGGAGCCUGUACGUGGGCUUACAGCUGCACGCCGUCAAGAAACUCUUCCCCCAUCUCACGGAGGAAUAUGCCACGGUGGACAUCCCUUCGCCUCACAACCGCGACUCGACGUUCGGGCUCUACGGCUCGAAGAUCGCGCAGGCGAUGAACGAAACCGGCAGAGUGAUCGACGAGCUGGUGCAACGGCACAGAAACAAGAACUUCUUGAGUAAAGAACUCCUGGCGGAUCUGCAGGAGAAGCGAAGCAUGCUCAAGAAAUACUCCCAUGCCCGUAUCAACAAGCAUAUUCGUGAUAUUCGCGUGGAUGCGACUGCCAGCCAGACUGAAGCGUUUGACCAGCAGCUGGAGAAGCAGCAGGAGCAGAAGCGGGAGAAGAAGCGGGAGAAGAAGCAGGAGAAGAAGCAGGAGGAGCAGCAGGAGGAGCAGCAGGAGGAAGUGGAGAAAAAGACCGAGGUAGCCCAUGCGAAGGAGGAAUAG